CUCCCCCCCCGCGGCAAAACUCUUCGGCCGCCGCAGGGCGCGGCUGCUGCUCUUUUUGGCGUGGCGGCGUGGAGAUGGAGGUUUUGCAGAAGGUGUCGGAAGGCGGCCGGCUGGUCUACUGGGGGGCGACAGCGGCUGCCUUGCUGGCCACGCUGCUGGCCGUCUCUGCUUCCCGGUUCCUGCUCAGCUACUUUCGGGUAUGGCGGGCGUUGAAACCCAUCCCGGGGGCCAGCCCCUGCUAUCCCUUCCUCGGCAACGUCCUGAUGUUUGAGCGCAACGCGGAAGCUUUUUUCAGGCAAAUGUUGAGUUACGGUGAACUGUUUCGGAAUGAUGCACUAAUGAAGCUGUGGGUAGGACCAUUCCCAUUUCUGAUCCUAUAUCAUGCAGACACUGUAGAGGUGGUUUUGAGCAGCUCAAAGCACAUUGAGAAACCCUAUUUAUAUACAUUUCUCUGUCCUUGGCUGGGAACAGGACUUCUCACAAGUUCUGGAAGCAAAUGGAGGACCAGAAGAAAGAUGUUAACUCCCACCUUCCAUUUCGCCAUCUUAACAGACUUUCUAGAAGUGAUGAAUGAGCAAGCCAAUGUCCUUGUUGAGAAAUUUGAAAAACAUGUGGACAAAGAGCCAUUUGAUUGCUUUUUAUACAUUACUCUAUGCACCCUUGAUAUAAUAUGUGAAACAGCCAUGGGAAAGAGCAUCAGUGCCCAAAGCAAUAAGGACUCAGAAUAUGUUCGCUCUGUCUAUAGGAUGAGUGAAUUGGUUGAUCAUAGAAAUAAAAGUCCCUGGCUUUGGAAUGAUCUUUUAUAUCUCAUGUUCAAAGAAGGAAGAGAGCAUCGUAGAAGGCUGAAGAUCCUUCACAGUUUUACAGAUAAUGUUAUUGCAGAAAAAGCUCGUGAACUAGAAAAUCGGAGUCGACAUCAAAACAAUACAGCUAGCACAGAUGAACAAAGUGGGCACAAAGUGCGGAGAGCUUUCCUUGAUAUGCUGCUUAAUGCCACUGAUGACAAUGGGAAGAAGUUGAGCUACCAGGACAUUCGUGAAGAAGUGGACACAUUCAUGUUUGAGGGCCAUGACACUACUGCUGCUGCUGUGACUUGGUCUAUCUUCUUACUCGCUUGCCAUCCAGAAGUGCAAAGAAAAGUUCACCAUGAACUGGAUGAAAUUUUUGGUGACUCUAAGCGCCAUGUCACCUCAGAGGAUCUGAAGGAACUACGAUAUUUGGAAUGUGUUAUAAAAGAAGCCCUUCGUCUUUUCCCUUCUGUUCCAUAUUUUGGUCGUAAAUUACAUGAAAGCUGCUAUAUUAGAGGCUAUAAGAUAUCAAAAGGAACAGAAGUUCUUAUUGCACCUGUUGUACUGCACAGAGAUCCUGAUGUUUUCCCAGAACCUGAAAAAUUCCAACCAGAGCGAUUUUCUUUGGAGAACUCAGCUGGGCGGAAUCCAUAUGCAUACGUGCCUUUCUCUGCUGGGCCCAGAAACUGCAUUGGUCAGCGCUUUGCACAGAUGGAAGAAAAGACUAUUUUAGCCACCAUCUUGCGAAACUUUUGGGUGGAAACCAAACAGAAUGAUGAACAAACUGGCCCUGCAGCGGAACUGAUUCUUCGUCCGAACAACGGUGUAUGGAUUCAGUUAAAAAGGAAAAAUGCUUGUGUUUCCAAAAAUGAUAAGAUUCUGUAAGAUUCACACUCAAAACUAAAAUCAAAAUUAUUAUAACAGAAGUUUCGGGCCUACUAAUUUUUUAAAAAACCAAAAUGAAUCAAAAACAGCCCCACCUACCUCACAGGGUGUCUGUUAUGGGGAGAGGAAGGAAAGGUGAUUGUAAGUUGCUCUGAAUCUCCUUUGCGUAGUGAAGGGCAGAGGAUAAAACCAAACCUCCUCCUCCUUUCUACCACAUCACACCAUUGGCCUGUCAAGGUCAGUAUUGUAUAUCCCAGGGGUGACCAACAGUAUCUCUCCAGAUGCUUUUUGCCUACAACUCCCAUCAGCCCCAGCCAGCAAUGCCAAUGGCUGGGGCUGAUGGGAGUUGUAGGCAAAAACAUCUGAAGAGCUACCGUUGGCCACACCUAGUAUAUCCUGAUAGAUAGUAUCUCUCUAGAGUACCAGAUGGAGAUCUUUUACAUCACUUGCUACCUAAUCCUUUUAACCAGAGAUGCUGGGUAUUGAACCUGGGGCCCUUCUGCAUGCAAAGAAUGCAGAGCGAACUAGGGACUUGCCUUGUUCUUUAGUUUCUGGUUGACUAAGCACAAGGCUCUAAAUGAUGGCUUGGGCUUAGCAUUGUAUUAAAAUUUGGCAUUAUUUAUGUAUCCCUCCAGCAUCAUGGUUGCUGCUGAAACAUGCUGUGGUAUGGUGGUAUACCUUUGCUUUGCCAAAAACCUACCACAUAUUUACAGCAGUGCUCAGUCUUUAUCACAUGACAUAGUUCUAGGCAAUUCCAGUGGUAUCCAGUAAAGAUGCGACCAUGGGAUAUUCCAUGUGGAGCAACACUAUAGACAAUUCAUAGAUUUCUGUAGUGAUGCACAGUCCAUGCUACUUUAAGGCACUUUUGGGAGAUUGUCAUGCCACUGCAGGGAUGUGUGAAAUGGGACUCCUACAGAAUGAGUCAGGUUGAGGGCACUAUUCCUGCUUGGUCCAUGAACUAAAAUAGACAGAAGUAUACACCUUCAUUGUAGAUCACCUCCAUUAAUUUAGACUGGAUUUCAGAUUCUGGAUAUAAAUCCAUUGGAUCAUUUUAGUUGGACUAAUUUUAAAGGCAAAAUAUGUCCUAUAGCACUGGAAACCUGGCAGGCUAAUCUGAUGUAGGAAUGAAAUCUAAUGCCUGUUCAUUUUUUUCACUUGAUACUUGAUAAGGGAAAGAUACGGAAUAUUUUAAAAGUUGUAUAUUCUGCUAUUAUAUGAAGUUUCUUGUGCUAUAAAGGCACCAGAGUGUUUGUGUAACUGAGCAUCAGCUAUUAAAAUACAUUUUCUUAAGACACUGAAGAAAUACUGUUAUUCCAUGAAGUUGAAUGUACAACUUUGACAAAAGUAGUCAAUGCCCACCUGAAUAUUAAGAAUAGAAUGAUAUGCUUAAAGAAGCUGAAGGACUGAUGCUAUAUUUUUGUUGUGAAGGAUGAAGUAUUUACUUUGGAUGAAUCCCAUCAAGGUGGCUGUGUUAAUCUGAUGUAGUAAAACACAACACAGCCAUGUUGUGCCUUAAAAAUGUAUUCGUACUUCAUAUAUUUCACAAUAAAUGUGUUUAAGGUG